AUGGAAUCUCCCAGUACUGUCUCGGUACAUACCCUAGAAGCCGGUAAUUUGUCGUUACCCGAGCGAUUCUUCAUCACGCCGGUUGAUGAGGAAUACAAGAAGAAAACUGUUCCUUCUCUGUCAUUUCUGAUUCAACACCAGUCAGCUUUAACGGGCGAGAUUACAAGAAUCGUCUUCGACCUUGGAAUCCGCCGGGAUCCCGAUCUUUACAGCGAAGCCAUCCGCAAUCAUAUUACCACCAGACUCCCACUGUAUAGACACCCUGAUGUCAUUGAAUCGCUUUCUUUAGGAGGCCUUGAUAGCUCGAAUGUUGACUACGUCAUGUUCUCCCAUGUUCACUGGGACCACGUCGGCAUGCCUUCGGAUUUUCCGAGUUCUUAUUUCAUCGUGGGUAACGGAUCACGGGCGCUCCUAGAUGGAAGCCAGUCACUGAACAAUGGAAGUCAUAGUCACUUCGAAAGUGACCUUCUUCCAUUGGACCGAACAUUCGAGUUGCCUUCCUCUGCGGAGUCCACUUCAGGUCCAAAAGUCCAGCAGAAGCAUCUUCCUUUAUUGCUAUCGCGACUCUCUGAAGGCGAUUGGACCUCACUGGGACCUAUACCAAAUGCAAUCGAUGUCUUCCGAGACGGAAGUCUCUGGAUCGUGGAUGCGCCUGGUCAUCUUCCAGGCCAUACGAACUUACUUUGUCGCGUCAGCGUCAACCCUGCGCGAUAUGUCUAUCUUGCCGGAGAUGCCUGCCAUGAUCGACGUAUUCUGGCAGGCUCGAAGAACAUUGCAGAAUGGACUGAUCCGCAGUACCCGCAUAAGGUGUGCUGUGUUCAUGCCAAUAAGGAGCAAGCAAUGGAGACCAUUGGGUGGAUUCGGGAGCUUGAGAGUGGAAGGACGGGAUUGGGGGAGGUCGAGGUUGUGCUGGCUCACGACGUUUACUGGGCUGGCAGUGCGAAAGGAUUUGGUAGAUACUUUCCAGGGCAUUUAUAA